AUGGUGGUCGCCCCGAUCCUGAACGGUAUCGGCGAAGAGCUUUCCAUCAGGACGGCACGCCUGGCAGAUUUAUUGACCGUUUAUCCCGCCGUGGUCGGUAUCUUCGCGCUCGUCGCCGGCCCGAUCUCCGAUCGCGUAGGCCGGCGACGCGUCCUGAUCUGGGGAAGCGGCAUCAUGACCGGUGCGCUCCUCCUGCACGGCAUUGCCUGGGACUACUGGAGCCUCAUGUCGUUCCGGGCGAUGGCAGGUGUCGGCGGCGGCGUGCUGAGCGGCGCAGCCGUGGCCCUAGUUGGGGACUUCUUCCCAAGCAAGAAGAGGGGUUGGGCCAACGGUUGGAUGAUGACCGGACUCGCUGUGGGUCAGAUCGUCGGCAUCCCAGCGGGCACGUUGCUUGCCGGCGCGUUCGGCUUCCGCAUGCCCUUCAUGGUGUUGGCCGGGGUGAGCGCGCUGGCGGUCCUGAGCGUCGUGCUUUGGGUUCCCUUCAUCGAUCCCGCCGGUGAGAGACUCUCCCUCGGCUCAGCCAUUCGCGGGUACGGCGCCCUGCUCAAGCGGUCCGACGCGGCCAUCGCCAGCCUCGCCUUCGUCGCCGUGUGCUUCAGCAUCGCCAGCUUCGUGUCCUAUCUGCCCGCGUGGCUUGAGACGGAUUUCGGAUUCACGCCCA